AUGGAAGCCAGCAGAUCAUCCCUGCCUCCGUUCGAUACGAAGGAUACUUCUUCAAUUGCUACGAGGUGGAAGAAAUGGAAACGAUCGCUAGAGCUCUUCUUGGAAGUUAAUUCGGUGGCAUUGGCGUCCCGCAAAAGAUCGUAUUUGCUUCAUUAUGCUGGACCAGCCGUGCAAGAUAUAUUCUAUGAGCUUGAAGGUCAUGAUGCCGCAGCACCAAUGGGCUCCGAUAUCUAUCGCGAGGCGAUCAAAUUACUGGAUAACUAUUUUGCACCUAUGGCAAGUAUUCCCUACGAUCGGUUUGUAUUCCGCAGCAUUAGACAAAAAGAGGGUGAAACAGUUGAUCAAUUUGCCAGCCGCCUUCGAGAACAGGGAAGAUUAUGCGACUACGGCGAUGCACUUGAUAUGAGAAUUACGGAACAAAUAUUCGACCACUGCCGUUCCGAAGAACUACGUGAAGUCAUACUGAAGAAAAAGCUCAUGACAGUGAACGAUACCCUUGAGGAGGCACGGAUGAUAGAGACGGUGCAUCGGAAUAAGGAGUUAAUGGCGAAGGAAAACAUCGAAGCAAAGGGAGAAGCAAUGAACCAUGGUGUCGAGAACCUCACCGUCAAUCGAAUUAAAACAAACAAUAAGUCAGUUUGCUUUCGAUGUGGGCUAGCAGGCCAUUUUGCAAACAAUAAAGCAUGCCCCGCGAAAAAUAAGUCGUGCGAUAGAUGCAAUAUCGUUGGCCAUUUCAAAAAAAUGUGCAAAACUAAAAACUACGCUGCUACGAAAAAUAAGAAGCAUGACAAGAUAUUGAUGGUGGCGGAUACCAGAAGAGAGCCAGUACGAAGAAAUAGCUCCGCUGAUAACAGCGCCAAUGAAAGCGACAGUGAUGUUUGCCACAUUUACGCCACGAACGAAGAGCAAGGAUACGUCACCUGCACUACUGGUGGAGUAAAACUGAACUGGGUGAUAGAUUCCGGAGCGCAUGUCAAUGUCAUCAGCAGGAAUACCUGGGAUAAGCUGAAGCGAAAGGGAUGUCAGUAUACCGCUGGUGAGAACCCCCAGAAAUCUCUUCGCGUAUACGGUGGUGGUGAGCUAAAGGUACAUAAAAUCGUAAACACCGAGAUCGCAACUGAUUUCAGCAAAGUGAACCAUAAGAUAUAUGUGGUGGAUCAGCCGGAAGGAGUGAAUCUUCUGAGUAAACAGACGUCGAUCGAUCUGGGGAUUCUAGAAAUCCGAGGUGAAAUAUCCAACGUAUCGCGAAGAACGAAGCUGACGGUGGGGAAACUUAAGAAUGUGCAAGUUGAAGUUAAAAUCGAUAAGAGCGUAGCCCCUGUGCAGCAACCAUGCAGACGUUUGCCUAUACCACUGCAAAAAUCAGUUGAAGACAAGCUGCAGGAACUCUUGGAUCACGAUAUUAUCGAACCAGCCCCGCUGCGGAUUACUUGGGCGUCACCACUGGUUGUAACACCGAAAAAUGGAGGAAAAAACGUUAGAAUAUGCGUCGACAUGCGACAAGCAAACAGGGCAAUUAUCCCGGACCGACACCCGUUGCCAACGUUUGAGGAGAUCAUGCCGCAUCUUGAUGGUUGUCGGUUUUUCAGCAAAAUAGAUUUGGUGCAAGCCUUUCAUCAGAUAGAGUUGUCACCAGAAUCGAGAGAAAUCACCACUUUUGUUACGCCGAACGCCUACUACCGCUAUAAAAGAUUGAUGUUUGGCAUGAAUUGUGCCGCAGAACUAUUUAAGCGGCAAAUAGAACGGGUCCUACAAGGCCUACCCGGAACGAAAGUUUUCAUCGAUGACGUCUUAGUGUAUGCCGCUACGAAGCAGGAACACAACGAACGAGUGGAAGCAGUUUUUAAACGGCUAGAGGAACAUGGACUAACGGUAAACGAAGACAAGUGCGAAAUCGGUAAAGAAACGGUGAAUUUCAUGGGACAUACGCUAUCGUCGCAAGGGAUAAGGCCAACGAACGAAAAAGUAUCAGCAGUGCAAGCUUUUCGACAACCACAGGAUGCUAAAGAAAUGCGAAGUUUCUUGGGAUUGGUAAAUUACCUGGGUAAGUUUGUACCAAACUUAUCUACAAUUUCAGCACCGCUUCGUGAAAUGACAGUAAAAGGUACCAAAUUCCAUUGGUCGGAGAAGCGUAAAUCAGCGUUUAAACAAGUGAAAGCAGCAAUAUCAAAUCCUAAGUAUCUUGGCUACUACAGCCCGAACAAUCCGACAACUCUAGUCACGGAUGCCAGUGACUGUGGUCUCGGUGCUGUACUGCUGCAAACGGUCAAUAACAUACCACGAGUCAUCAGCUUCGCCAGUAAAACUCUUUCGCCAUCUGAGAAAAAAUAUCCUACCCUGGACAAGGAAGCCCUGGGAAUCGUAUGGGCUACAGAACGUUUUCAAAUGUACCUACGAGGAUUGCAUUUUACGAUAUUGACGGAUCAUAAGCCAUUGGUCAAUAUUUUUAGCGAAACAUCUACUCCAAACCAACGACAAGAAAGAUGGGUGCUACGAAUGCAAUCGUUUCGGUAUACGAUACGUCACGUUCCUGGGGAACUAAAUAUCGCCGACCCUUUAUCUAGAUUGUCGGAGCUGCUAAAUGAGAGAUCGUUUGACGGAGAAUCCGAGAAAGUUCUGAACGCAGUAGUGGAAGUCAAUAGACCAUCGGCAAUAACGUUUGAUGAAAUCGUUCAGUAUUCUCAAGAGGACCCGGAAACACAGCAGGUUAAAGGAGCUUUGCAUAGUGACAAUUGGAAUGAAGCUACAAGAAAAUAUGUACCAUUCAAGUCGGAGUUGUGCUUUGCUGGUGAAGUUCUAUUGAGGAAGAACAAAAUCGUGAUCCCGAAUCAACUUCGAAAAACCGUGCUAAAAUCAGCACACACAGGACAUCCCGGACAAGAAAAAAUGAAAAGAAGACUCAGAGUUGCUGUAUGGUGGCCGGGUAUAGACAGUGAUGUGAAGAGAUCGUGUAACGAGUGUUUUGAUUGUCAGCUGGUGGCAACAUUUGAAAAACCGGAGCCUCUACGAAUGAGAGAACUUCCGCGUGCUCCAUGGAUUCAUUUGGCUGGAGAUUUUCUGGGACCACUCCCUAACGGUUACUAUUUGUUUGUGCUGAUUGACUUGUACAGUAGAUACAUGAUAGUAGAACCAAUGAAGCAAAAAAACUUCGAACGAGGUAAGCCGUGUUUUGAAGGAGAUAUUUACCAGGGUCUUCCACAAGUGAUUCCAUUGGAUAACGCCAUGAACUUUUCAAGUCAGCUGAUGAAGGAUUUUUGUGUUGAUCGUGGGAUUAAACUAACACACACUACUCCUUAUUGGCCAAGCGCGAAUGGAGAAGCUGAGCGACAAAACCAGUCGCUUCUGAAGGUGUUACGGAUCAGCAAGAAUAAAGGAACUGACUGGAAAGAUGCAAUACAUGAAUAUCUUUAUAUGUACUCCAUUACGCCGCAUUCAAUAACCGGAGUCGCUCCGGCCGAGUUGAUGUUCGGAAGACGGUUUCGAGAUUUGAUACCUCAUCUGCAAGAAACAACGUUGGACGAUAGUGAGUUACGCGAUAGAGACUGGACUGCCAAGUAUCAAGCCAAGGAAAACAGAGACAAAAGAGUGGGGGCGAAGGAAUCAUCAGUGGACAUCGGAGAUCGAGUUCUAAUGAAGAACAUGUUACCGCAGAAUAAGUUGUCUUCAAAGUUCUUGGCGAUGCCAGCUACAGUGAUUGACAGGAUUGGAAACAGCGUAACGCUCCAGACCGCCGAAGGCCAAAUGUACAAACGUAAUACAUCACAUGUCAAGCCAUUAAAUGCCAACACUUCUGCCGCUACUGAUAUAGCACCAAGUGUUAUACCAGAAGCUACCGGCGCAACAAAUCUAACGAGCGACGCGCGACCCCAUCGCGAAACGAGAUUCCCGAAGCGUUUCGAUGACUAUUUGCUAUAG